AACGAAGAGAGAGAGAGAGACUAAGGUAAUUAAAUAGACCUUCAUGUAUGCAAUUACUUACGGGAAGCAAAACAACUUAAACAAAAGUUCUUCACUAUCAUCACUCUCUCUCUCGAAGCUCAAAAUCAAGGGUUUCGUCUUCUCUUGUAAACCGACCACUCACUGUGACUCUUGGACUCGCUUUGACUCAGGUAACGGCUGGAAUCUGAGUUGUGUGAGAAGCUAAAAAGGCUUCUAAAUUUGACCCAUCCUCUGUAUCUUCUGAUUUGAAUGGCUGUACCUUCAUGGCUGUUGUGUGGACAAGAAGAAAAUUGGGGUUCAAUGCAGCUACUGUAAGAAACAUAUGACUUCCUUCCAUCGUCUGAAACACUUGGGUGGUUUACGAAAGAAGUAACUCCCUGUGAACAAGUUCUUAGAGAGACGUUUUGAAAGAUGGUGAUGGAGGAAACAUCUGAUUAUACUGCUAACAGAGUUGAGGAAGUCCAAAUGGGUAAUGGUCAUAAGCGUGGAAGAAGCCAAGAUUCAUCCAGCAAAACUGUUAGUAUAGAUGAACAGGAUUUGCUGUCAAACAAAGCCCAAAAGUGGUUCUUCCAAAAAUGUGUCAAUUUUUCAGCUGUGGAUUCCCCAAGUUUCAAAGAAGCAUUGAAGGAAGUACAAGAUCGUGUGAAUAAGAUUAAAGCUUCAUGGGCGAUCACUGGGUGCAGCAUCUUGUUGGAUGCUUGGGUUGACCAGGAAGGCCACGAUCUGGUUUCUUUUGUUGCAGAUUGUCCAGCUGGGGCAGUGUAUCUGAUAUCCUUUGAUGUUUCGGAUAUUAAAAACAAUGUCACCGCCUUAACAUCACUAGUAAAUGGGCUCAUUGAGGAAGUAGGAGUGCAUAAUGUAACUCAGAUUAUUGCAUCUUCAACCUUUGGUUGGGUUGGUGAAUUGGGCGAGCAAUUUGCGGGUCACAACAAUAAAGUUUUCUGGUCUGUGAGUCUAUCCCAUUGUUUCGAGCUUAUGCUGAUGAAGAUUGUGAAAAUGUAUUCCUUUGGAGACAUACUUGAAAAGGUCAAAAGCAUCUGGGAGUUCAUCAACAACAAUCCCUCGGUUUUGAAAAUCUUCAAUUGUCACAGUCAUGGAAAAGACAUAACAAUCUCCUCCGAGUUUGAGUUUGUUACGCCAUAUUUAACUUUAGAGAGUAUUUUCAAGGCGAAGAAAACCUUGGCAGCCAUGUUUGCUUCAUCUGAUUGGAACAAAAAAGAGGCCAUAGCUAUAUCAACUUUGGUGAAAGAUCCCUCCUUUUGGAAAACUGUUGAAAGAGUUCUGAAAUGUACAUCUCCUUUGAUUCGCGGUCUACUCUUGUUUUCAACUGCCAACAAUCAGCAUGUUGGAUAUAUUUAUGACACUAUGGACAGCAUAAAGGAGUGUAUCGCGAGGGAAUUCAAUUACAGGAAACACAGUUACAAGCCGUUUUGGGAUGUGCUUGAUGAAAUCUGGAACAAGCACCUUCACAAUCCUCUUCAUUCUGCUGGUUAUUUUCUGAACCCGGGUACUUUCUAUUCAACAGAUUUUCAUCUUGAUCUAGAAGUUGCAACUGGUCUUAUCUCCUCUCUGCUUCAUAUGGUACAAGCAUGUCACAUUCAAGUGAAAAUCGCCACACAGCUUGAUAUGUACAGACUGGGUAAAGAGUGCUUUAACGAGGCCAGUCAAGCUGAUCAGAUCUCUGGAAUGUCUCCAGCUGAGUGGUGGGCUCAAAAGGCAAGCCAUCACCCAGAACUACAGAGUUUUGCAUUUAUGAUUUUGAGCCAGACAUGUGAAGGUGCUUCGAGGUACAAGCUGAAGAGAAGCUUAGCAGAGAAGCUGUUGCUCACAGAAGGACUGAGCCACAGGGAACAACAUCAUCAGGAAGAAUUGGUAUACGUUCAUUAUAAUCUUCAGCUACAACAAAGCUCGAAAGCCAAAGCAAAUGAAGAGUAGUGAAGUGCUUGUGCUGGUGUUAGGAUCAAUAUUAAGCAACAUUAUUCAUGUAUGCUGCUUCAGUGAGAAACACAUGAUAGAACCCGAAAUUACAAAUUGUGUGUAUAGAUCACCAGGAACAAAUGAUCUGAGGGUCUUCAUACACAAGUUGUUGUUUUUUUGUCCAAAAACAAGAUACAUACGUUAAUAUUUAUACAAAAGAAGUUAUGGGUUAGGUU